AUGACUCCGAUUCUGGGAUCAAGUACUCUCUUCACUACACCGGCAUUAGCUACUACUAUCCAUAAGCUAGAAAUAUGUGACGCGUCUAUUUUGCCUCCGUCCCUCCUCGAAGCAAUGGCAAAAAACCCUGAAUAUCUAGAAGGACUCCGAAAACUAGACCAUGUCAUCUGGUGUGGUUCUGCCUUUAGCUUAUCCAUCAUUUCGAACAAGAUAAGUUCUGUGGUCCUGAUUUACGCAGCCUACGGUGCCACCGAAGCUGGCCCUCUUCCUCUGGUCUUGGAAGAUCAGGAAUAUCAUGAAUAUAUGACUUUCAGCCCGCUUGUUGGCGUGCAGUUUCGAAACUAUACGGACGAUCUGUAUGAGCUUGUCAUUGUCAGAGAUGACGCCCUGUGUGCCUCUCAGAAGGUAUUUUUCAUACACCCGCAUUUGACCCAGUGGCCGACUAAAGAUUUGAUGUCCAAACAUCCUACUAAUGAAGGCAUGUGGAAUUACCGUGGCCGUACAGACGACAUCAUCGUAUUACUAAACGGUGUAAAUAUUAAUCUCUUAUUGAUGGAAGGAAUCCUCAUGUCACACCCCAAAGUCGUAGCAGCUCUUCUCACAGGAACAGAAAAGGUAAAAGCUGCCUGGCUAACAGAGGUUGUUCAUCCGUCACAGAAUGAAGAAGAGACUACUUCCUUGGUAGAAGAACUCUGGCCUGCUGUUAUGCCACUUAUCGUACGGAAGGCAAGGUUUCCAAAGAUAAUCUCAUCUUCACUUCGAAAGACAAGCCGAUGCUGA